AUGCCGCGGCAUAAGGUCGUUGUCAUUAAUUUUGAGUCGUUGUUGACAUCUAUCCGCCUCCAUAUGCCCGAGAGCCUUUUGAAGGCCACUGAAGCUGAGGUGCCACGACUAGAUGACGUAUUGCAAGACUUAAAUGGUUUCGUCGGAACGCAGACAGAGUCUGGUGCGCGCGUCUUCAUUAACCAAUGGCUUAUAGCUGUCAAGCGCAUCCUUCGCAACGAGUUUGCUGCCUUUGUCUGGACGGAGUUGUGUCUGUCAUCUGCUUCGGCACAACCUGUUCAUAUCGAAGAAGAUAACCAAACAACCUUCUUGACCGGUGUGAUAGACUAUGGACUUGCGUCCAUGCGGAUCACGAUGGUGGAGGAGGAAGAAACGGUAAUGCAACAAAGGAUUUCAAUCAUGAAUGAACUGCAAACCAAGAGAAUCGUCGGGGUGUUUGGGCAGCAUCGUGUCACCUUUGUCAUAAUCGAGGCAAAAAAUGACCGAGAACGUCUUGAAACACACAUCCCCCAGGUAGCCCUGCAGUGUGUCGCUCUCGAGGAGGAAUGGACGGAGGGCGGGUCGAAGAUAGUGGCCUUCUGUUUAGCUAAUAGUAAACGAUGGAUGUUUGGGGUUGUCGACCGUGUCUCCGGGCGGAUCUUUCAUACAAAGGAGCAAAAUGUUACCCAGGAUCUACUCCAAAUUCUUCUCGGUUUGGUUUUCUGGGCUUCUAAUUCCUCGCAAGACAUCCUUAUUACGAUUCUAUUAGCGAUAAAAGCUUGUGUACAAUAG